AUGAAGCUUGUCCUGUUGAUAAUGGUAACAAGCAUUUGGCUGUGCUCUGCUUUUCAAGGUCAGGAAAAAGCAAAGUUCUGAGUCGGUUAGGAUUAUGAUGACAAUAUUAAUUUUUUUUUACAGGUUAACAUACGUUUGUUUUAUUUAUAUAGUCUUGCAUGCCAACUGAACGGUACAUAGGAACAUUAUGGAAGUUUUUUCCAGCAAAGCCAUGGAUCAGAAUUGCUCUAAUCUACCGUAUUAGGUUAUUAAUUAAGUUUUCCAAGUAUAAAUGAUUGGAAUCGAUGUAGGCGGAUUGUACGCGCGUCCUGAGACGCGAGGGCUGAGCGGUUAGCACGCUUAAUCUUUGAUAUCGUGUUCUGGGAAUGGACUGUUUUCCUAACGGUUCUUCUUCUGACCGAACAGUAGAAAUAGACACAGGUGAAUGCUAAUAGAAACGUAGGAAAUUGCUGAGGGUGAAUAAUCUGUGAAGGGGCGGCAAUACUUCUAGUCCCUUGACAUUUUAUUACCACGCUUCAAUAGCUGUGUAAACCAGUACUAUUUCAUUUAUCCUUGGAUCAAUAUUCCUUUAUUUAAAUUAAUUUACACAGUCGUAAAAUAUGCAGAUCACGAUUUAGUUGUUGACAAUUGAUUAACCUCACAUUUUUAUAUAGAUGUGUAGAAAUUCAAGCCAACCGUUAAUGAUCUGCGAAGCAAUAAAGCUUGUCUUUGUGGUAUAAACCUAGAUUCAAAUAUUUUAUCAUUGCUGUCCAUUCAGAAACAGAAACGAGCACAUUUUCCACAAGUUCGACCGUAACAUCAUCUAGCACGUCUAGCAAAACGUUAACACCCACGCUUUCCACCUCUGCUUCUACUUCUCUGAGCACCAGCAGCAGUAGUUGGGAUUGGGGCUGGGGCGAGGAAACAACGUCAUCGUUUAGUGUAUCGAGCACGGACGGCACCAUAACCUCAUCUUCAUCAUACUGUGAAUCGACGUCAACUAGCUCUUCAAGUAUCGAACUGAACCCCACGCCAACAUCUGCAACACGUUCUUCGAGCUCUUCAGAGGCAGUUGAUAUAAUCAUCACAUUGUUUGCGUAUUUGUAUCAGGCUUGGGAAAAUGAUCGAGAAAUCGACCAUCUCAAAAAACGAAAGAGGCGCGAAGCCGAGAAACCAGGCCUGUCUAAGAGAAGUGACCUAGCCUUUCAUGUGAAGGAAAGACGACUGGGAAGAAGGAAUGACUUCGUUAAGAAGAUCCGCGCAAGGAAACGGGAAAACCUUACGAUGUAA